AUGGCAGAGAAGGAAGGAGGCAUAGUCAAGAAGGGUCAUGAAGAAGGCCUGAAAAUGGCCAUCUCUCUCCUCGAAGAGUUUGGACUCCCAUUGGGACUUCUCCCUCUUGUGAACGUGGUUGAAGUAGGGUUUGUGAGGAGCACAGGUUACAUGUGGAUUGUCCAGCAGAAGAAAGUCGAGCACGAGUUCAAGAAGGUCAGCAAGCUCGUGAGCUAUGGCACUGAGAUUAACGGCUACAUCGAGGAGAAUAAGAUUAAGAAGCUCAAGGGUGUGAAGGCUAAGGAGCUCAUGCUCUGGCCUCCGGUUAGUGAAAUCAGCCUAGGUGAUCCACCUACCGGGAAGAUUCACUUCAAAAGUCUUGCUGGCAUUACCAAGACCUUCCCGGCCGAGGCUUUUGGCGCUGGGCAGUAA